GCCCAUCUACACCAAAUUAGUAAUAUACUGGCCAGGGUUACUGCAUCAACUAUCUUUGACUUGACAGUCAAACUAAUUAAGACAGCCGUACCGGACGGCCGGCUACUCGGCAAAACCGACCCGCGGGAGAGCUGGUCGGGGAACGCUCCGUACCCGUGCUGUCUUGUAAAGAUACAAUUCAUUUUACCCGCGAUGUAGCACAGGGUUCGGAGAAGCCGGCAUUCAAUUUGGGCAGCCUUUUACCGCGAUAGUAGCGUUGACGCAUUGUUGACCAGAGGGAAAGACACUUGAUCUUCCGAUCUAUUUUGGGUUCCCGCCCAGUCACUGUCGCUGGCCAGACUGAUGUGGCGUUUCGUUGUCAGGGUGUCAUCUUUAGCCUGUGGCUCCAGUCGGUCGGGGACGUCCACAACAAUGCAGGUGGGCCUGGAAAAUUCUAUACGGCGCCACGGCAGCAGCGAAUAAUGGUGACUUGGUGAUUUUGACAGAUAGGACCAAUGAUGCUUCUACAGCUGACUCUGCUAGCUCCACUACAUCUGCUGCUGGUGGCGGGGAGCAAGGGACAACCCCUUCCGCCGUGUGGAGGGUACCUGGAGGGUUCACGGAACGGAACCAUUACCUCCCCAAACUUUCCAUCCGCCCAUAAAACUCCACUGGAGUGCAUCUGGACUAUAAGGAACCCCAAACCGGGGCGUCACUAUAUCUACGUCUACUUGUUGCAAAACUACUUAAGCUGCCAAAGUAGUGCCCUGACGUACCUGGAGUACCAGUCAGUGUCGAACCUAACGGAUUCCUACAUUUACUCCAGUAACUUCAAUUCCAGGAAUGAUUGUGGUGGAUCUCUCCAUCGCAUACGAUCGUCAAAAGCGUUUCUACAGGUCAAAUUAACGUCUAUGUUAACAAGACUGUCUUCCACAUCGAGUGGACUAUAUGGGUUUAACGCGACUUACACCACGAUACCGACUGACAACCAACCCAUGCCGAUCUGCUCACAGUCUUGCUCUGAAGCAGGGUUUUGCCGGAGUUUACAAGAUUAUUCCGGGUUUUACUGUGAGUGUUUUGAAGGUUUCUCCGGGAGACACUGUCAAUAUAACGACAUAUGUGACUACAGACGGAGACUGAAUCCAUGCCUGAAUAACGGCACCUGUACUGUCGUCAAAUAUGGCGCCCAGACUUCGGUGGUGUGUGCCUGUCAGAGGGGAUAUCUUGGAGAGAGGUGUGAGAAAAUUAUCACCUGCCCGCUGCUACAAGACCCACCCAACGGGAAGGUCUCCCCACCCCCCUGCAGGGACAGCCGCUCCAGGGUGGGGGAAACCUGUUAUUUCACCUGUGACAACACCUAUGUGCAAUCAGGGCCGUCGUUCAAGACCUGUCUAUCUGACGGCUACUGGACGCAGGAGAAGGAGUCGACGGUUUGUAGAGAUGUCACCCCGCCGUACUUCGGAGACACGUGUCCAGGUGACAUGAACCUGAAGAACAAACGGUGUGAAAACAAGGUCCUCCUGAACUUCACGGUACCGACAGCUGUGGACAACUCCGGGUAUGUCAAGGUGGACGGACCGGAAACCAAACCACCCAUCUACCUGGCCGGGGGACAGUACACCUGGAUAUACACCGCUAGUGACGCUUCCAACAAUGAAGCAAGAUGUCAAAUAGCAAUAGGAGUGCAAGUUGUUAAGUGCCCGACGAUUAAGGUGCCUCACAACGGCGAGGUGACGUCCAAGAGCUGCGGCUCGCUGUACGGCUCCGAGGUGCAGUUUGUUUGUAAGGAGGGCUUCAAGCUGAUGGGCACUGGCAUCCGGACAUGUGGACCUAACGGAGAGUGGGAGGGGGGCGACGUGCAGUGCAUCGGAGCACCCUACACGCCCUUCAAACUGGAGCUCAGCGACAAACGUGCAACCAGCGUCAUACUAUCCUGGACACCGUGGCCUUCCGACCACCGGCCCAGCGAACAUUUCAUCGUCCAGUACCAGACGACAUUCGAGCCCAGUAUAUGGAGGGAGAUGAUUGGAUUUGUACCUGGAAAUGCUACAAAGUCUCUUCUAGAACUCUCUCCGUUUGUGAACUACCGUUUCCGGGUGAUAGCCGUGAACUGGGUCGGGCGGAGUGAUCCCAGCGGGGCCUCGGAAAGCUACCACACACCGCCUUCAGCUCCCGAGGUUUUUCCCAAGAACAUCCAAGCGCAGGGGAUCUACACCAGAGACCUAGACGUCAGAUGGGAUCCCCUGGGGUGGUAUGAGCGGAACGGACCAGGAGUCCAGUAUAAAAUCUUCUGGAGGAUUCUCUACUGUAACGACGACCUGCUGGCAGACUGGGAGAGCUCCGUGGUGCAGGGAGAAGAGAAGUCCUCCUACAUCAUCCUGAACCUGAUCAGAGAUUUACCGUAUCAGGUUCAGGUUCAAGUCCUCAACAACCAGGGCGCAGGACCAAUCAGCUACCCACCUGUUAUUGGACACGCCGGCGGAGAAGGACAUGUGCUUCUAGCUGGUCGGCCGGGGACCAGAGCUCCUUGUGCAACCUUCGAAGCCACCCUCCCCACUCGCAUUACGUCAGACACCGACGGCUACUUAAAACCAGGGGACAAUGCACCCUGGAUGGCAUCUGCUUCAACAUUCCCUGAUCUUAAAUAUGCAUAUCCCACCGACCCAGGCUUUACAGAAGUACCAAACGGUUCCCAAUUGUCCCCUACUUCGGUUAUUUGGACAAACACUGUAACCCAUGGUAUAGGAUUCGACAUUGUCAACUUCUUCGAAGACUAUUCCGGUAUUGUGGGAACGAGAUUACUCAUCACGUGUAUAGCCCGUGGGCCGAGGCGCAUGCGCUUUAAAUGGUUUAAAGGGGAAUACAAGAUCACGGCCUCUGAUUGGACCAGGAUAAGUGUGUCACCAAAAGUGAUCAGAAACGACGGUGACCUGGAGUCUGUACUGGAGAUCAACCCAACCUCUCCUCUGGACAGGGGAACGUACAGAUGUGCAGUUUCCGAUAAAGGAGUCGAGAGGAGCUGUUCCCUGAACAUCACUGUCCUGACCAAACCGUCAGCCCAACUGGACCCCGUGACCGCCACUGUCUUAGUCAGCUCUCCCGUCAAACUGACCUGCACUGUCCGAUCGCCAGGGGGCGUGGAGCCACAAGUCAAGUGGUUCAUAGGGAAGGAUCGUGUGACAGACCUGAGCGCCUACCCCAACCUGGGAAACGGCAUGUACCGCCUGACCGUACUCGGUACCGUGGAAGGGACUAAGUACACCUGCAUGGCCUCUAACGCAGCGGGGACAACCGUCGCAGAGAGCAUCGUCACUGUAGUGCGAAAAGAUGCACAUGACGUCUGUGGUCAGGAGACCUUCCAGAACGUGGAGUGGGGGAUGACUCUGGCCGGCGGGGUGUACUACCAGCUCUGUCCGGGAGGGAGCACUGGUUAUGCAACAAGACAGUGUCUGCUCAACGAGCUGGACUUCACUCCGUACUGGCUGGAGCCAAACUUUGUGCAGUGCACCACUUACGACUUUGAAGCCCUCUUAUCAAACACUCGAAUGCUGACAUCUGGUAUUGAGGUGACCAGCGUGGAAAAGAUUGCCGAGACGCUCAACUCUAUAACCACGCCGAACCUGUACGGGGGUAACCUCAGGCUGGCGUCGGAUAUCAUCCAGGAAAUGAUCCUCUACAAAGAAAAGACAGGAAGGGAGAUGUCGCGCCGAGAAUUAGAGGAUGUGCUGUGGUCCGCCAGUAACGUUCUGUCUCUCUACAACAAGGAGGAGUGGAUGAAUCUUCAGGAGGUUUGCAGCGGCAGUUCAUGGGUUCUCGGUAAUCUGACGCGGUACAGCCGUCUGGUGACGUUUCAGCUUGCCGAGGGACAGCGGCUGUCAACAUCAACGGACAAUCUGGUGAUGGAAGUCGGGAAAGUGGCUGUAAAAGGGUUAGAUGUUAUAGAGUUUCCAGCGACACCUAAAGCCCGCACCUGGGUUGGAACGGACCGCAUUGAAGUCCCCGGGAAAGCGCUGAGAAAUCUAUAUGAAGAGAGCCAGGUGGUCGGAGUGAGCAGCUUUCUCUACAGGACAAUUAAGGACCUACUUCCAGGGAACGACUUUCUCCUCAGUGACUCCAAGAUCAUCAACACCAGAGUUAUCUCUCUGUCGCUCUUCCCUCCUCCCCCCGGUCAGCUAGAUCCGCCCGUCAGAGUCGAGCUUGCCCACGAAAACGCCUCGUUCGUGGAUCCAGAGUGCGUUAGUUGGGAUUUUGGUAUCCAGCUGCCGAACAGGACGACCAGAGGAGGCUGGUCUACCGAGGGAUGUGCCGUGCUGCUCUCCAACGACAGUCACACCGUCUGUCAGUGCAAACAUCUCACGGACUUCGCUGUGCUCGUCACUCCCUUUGUUCCAAAGAUGGAUGCUCCGAGCGCAAACGAGAUCUCCUUCAUUGUUGCCAUCGGCUGUGGAAUCGCUAUGCUGGAAAUAGCGUCUGUAAUCCUCGUCUACAUCCUGCUUUGGAGAAAAUGCAUCCGAUGCGAUAGAUCCGUUAUCGUUCUCAACCUGUCCUUGUCGUUAUUAAACGCCAACGGUGUUUUCCUUGGUGGGAUACCUCAAAAAUGGAACAAAACCAUCUGUACAGCUGUUGCCGCCAUGCUUCAUUACUUCUUCCUGGCAGCCUUUUGUUGGAUGUUAGCUGAAGGAUGGCACAUGUACUCUUCCUUGGUCCGCACCAACGGCAAACUCAGCAAAGCCAAGCUAUACAUCGCACUGGGAUGGCUUCUACCAGCAGCAGUUGUCGGUGUUUCGUUGGGGAUUACGAAGACUAAUGGAUACGGCAAUGACAAACACUGCUGGAUCACGCUAGAUAGCCAGCUGCCAUUAGCCUUGGCAGCGCCUGCCUGUGCAGUAGUGGCCGCAAACUUGGUCAUCUUACUACUGGUCGUGAAAGCAAUGCUGAAUUCAAUGGCGAAAAAAGUCGACAAGGACCGGACAAGAACGGCUCUGUGGAGUUCGUGCGUGAUACUGCCUUUGCUGGCCGCUACUGUCGUCCUGGCGGUGUUUGCCGUUAACCGAUCGGCAGUGCUAUUUCAGUACUUAUUCGCCAUGUGCAAUACCUUACUGGGUCUCUUCAUGCUGCUGUUCUACUGCGUAGGAAAUAAACAGGUCUUGGACAUCGUGAAGUCCCGGAUGUGCGCUACUGAAGAGACUGACCCACCAUCCGACCCUGACGUCGCCAUAUCUGCUCAGAACCCUACUGCGAAAAAGGUUGACGCUAACGGUAGGCCAAUAACAUACACAGCAGCCGUACAUGUUGAUGGACCAAUGACCGUCGUGGAGAAGAUUGAUCACGUGACUCACGAAGAACAUGAGAUGGAGAUGAUUGACGUGGUGGUGACGUCAGAACAAGAACGCCGUGCACAAGCUGAGGCGUUGCUACGGCGGCAAGGUCACUCCCGGACGUUAGAACGCGAUCCUCGGUACGGUCCAUGUCCCAAGCCCCGCCAGGCUGCCGAACAGCGCCCCGUGUCCCUGGAGGUCCCCAUCCACACCAUGCCCCGCAACCCGCGCGGGCACGACGGCGGCUCUCCCAGGAUGAUGACCACCUUCAAGCCCGACGACAUGGAACAGUACCACACCGCCUCCACGUUGCGCGUCCAACUCGACCCUCGUCCGCCGACCAAACCCCAGCCGGGCGCCAUCAGAGUUCUCCCAGGUCACGGUCCGAGCGUGGCUCAGGGGAAACACCUGGAUUACGAGCCGGUCAAGCAUUCCUCCUGUGAAGAGUUGGACAGGACAGACAAGUACAAAGCUGACCAUGUCGUGAUGAACACAAAUGCUUCCCCCUCACCCCAUAUUGUGAGAGCACAAGCAAGAUACUCAGACCUAGACUUUCAGAAAAUUAUGCACACCAGAGAGCGGCAUAUGGACAUGCUGCAAAAUAUACACGACUCCCCUUCUGCCUCACAGCAAACUGAGGUGUCACGACAGUGGAGUGUCUCUUCCUUACCAGAGUUUUUACUUAAGGAAGGGCAAACAUUAAGUAGAGCUGCGUUUAGGAGCCUGAAAAGGAGCUUAAGCAACCCGAAAUGGAAGCAGCAGGGCCAACCAGAAGGACCUUCUGAUCGCGAAGCCACGCCUUCCUCCAUAGAAAUGACAGAAUUCUACAAAAGCUACUCAGAUAUUUGACACACCAGAUAAUGUAUAGAACCAACGGACCUUUUAUAAAUCUAGUCUCGUAUGUCUUAUAAAUGGAGUUAUGUAUUGUUGCGAUAACAAAACAUCUGUACACAUAUAUGAAAAAAAAACUACGUGCAAUAUUUGCUCAUGGUGGGCGUCUGUCUGGAAAUAGGGUAACCUUGUCUAUAUUUCACAAUGUUGUCUUUUGUCGUCACAUACACGGCAAAUUAAAGGGAAGUACAUUAGCUGCAUUGAAAACAUUUCUACAAUUGUUGUAGAAGGCAGAAAAGUGAAAGGCAGAGGCCAUUCUCACAAGGUAUUAAGCUACCUUCUGGUGGUGGGCAGGGCUGUGUUAUUGAGGUCAGCUGUUCAAAAAUUCAUAAGUCUGAUUUACACAAUUUUUAUGGCACAUUCGAUGGAAUUGCUUUAAAAACUCUAUAGCUAAUGCCAUGUGCAUACACAUGACUUGGCACACAAACGAGUGAGUGCUGGUAUUCCCUAUUGAUUAACACUUUGGGAAUGCACAAGCCGGAGUUGGAUUGGAAAGAAAUAUGUAAAAUCCAAGAUACAGUAGACAGACUCCCUCAUCUACAGUUCAUGUUAACGGUCAGUUGAACAUUGUACUGAAGCUACGUUAUCUGCAGUCUACGCGUAAAAAAUAUAUGAUUAUAUUCAUGACUGCUAUUUUCUAAGAUUGUACAAUCUGAAGAAGACAGCGAUCUUUGUAUGUGGAAGUAAAAUCCUUGUUGUUGCCAUUUUGACGCCUCAGAUGGAAAAGCAAGGACAGCGUACGUCGUCACGUAUCCUGUGGAGUAGGUACUAUAAAAUGGUGGUCUACAUAUAUAGCUAUAUAUACAGACAAUAUGGACUAUAUUGUAGUGUAAUAAACUAUGUACAGAUACUAUGUAAA